GGAUGAGGAGACCAGGAUAAUGGAUGAAGAGACCAGGAUAAUGGAUGAGGAGACCAGGAUAAUGGAUGAAGAGACCAGGAUAAUGGAUGAGGAGACCAGGAUAAUGGAUGAAGAGACCAGGAUAAUGGAUGAGGAGACCAGGAUAAUGGAUGAGGAGACCAGGAUAAUGGAUGAGGAGACCAGGAUAAUGGAUGAGGAGACCAGGAUAAUGGAUGAAGAGACCAGGAUAAUGGAUGAGGAGACCAGGAUAAUGGAUGGUGUCAGACAGGAUGAGGAGACCAGGAUAAUGGAUGGUGUCAGACAGGAUGAGGAGACCAGGAUAAUGGAUGAGGAGACCAGGAUAAUGGAUGAGGAGACCAGGAUAAUGGAUGAGGAGACCAGGAUAAUGGAUGAAGAGACCAGGAUAAUGGAUGAGGAGACCAGGAUAAUGGAUGGUGUCAGACAGGAUGAGGAGACCAGGAUAAUGGAUGAAGAGACCAGGAUAAUGGAUGAGGAGACCAGGAUAAUGGAUGAAGAGACCAGGAUAAUGGAUGAGGAGACCAGGAUAAUGGAUGAGGAGACCAGGAUAAUGGAUGAGGAGACCAGGAUAAUGGAUGAGGAGACCAGGAUAAUGGAUGAGGAGACCAGGAUAAUGGAUGAAGAGACCAGGAUAAUGGAUGAGGAGACCAGGAUAAUGGAUGGUGUCAGACAGGAUGAGGAGACCAGGAUAAUGGAUGGUGUCAGACAGGAUGAGGAGACCAGGAUAAUGGAUGAGGAGACCAGGAUAAUGGAUGAGGAGACCAGGAUAAUGGAUGAGGAGACCAGGAUAAUGGAUGAGGAGACCAGGAUAAUGGAUGAAGAGACCAGGAUAAUGGAUGAGGAGACCAGGAUAAUGGAUGAGGAGACCAGGAUAAUGGAUGAGGAGACCAGGAUAAUGGAUGGUGUAACCCAUGUAUGUCAGUCAAGAUGA